AUGGCGUCGCGAUCCUGGCUCCUGCUGCUGGUCGUGGCCUGGGGCGCCACGGGGCCAGCGCUGGCUGGCCAUGUUGCGGACGAUGAGCACGUCCUGACCAUGACCUUUGCCAAGUUUGUGGCCCUUGCGUACUUGGUCGAUGAGCUGCAGCGCGAUGACGCCAGCACUUUUAUUUAUGCCAGCGGCCCCGCACACGAGCUGCUAGCGGCCAAUGACGCACAGCGUUUGAACGCUACGCUCCGUGCCACCUGGCCCGAGGCAUUCCUCGACGUAGAAGACCGAGUCCAAGCCAAUGUUUGGAUUGGUAGCGCUGGUGUUGUUGCUGAUACCCACUACGACACCUCGGACAACUUUUAUCAGGUGCUGCACGGACGCAAGACUUUCUAUUUGAAUCCUCCCCGCCAGCUGGCCGAGGCCUAUCUGUUUCCAACCCUCCAUCCUAAUUACCGACAGUCUUCGAUGAUGUGCACCUUCGUACCGAGGCGCACGUCAUUCAUCUUCAAGCAGGCGAUGCCUUGUAUCUCCCGGCGUACUGGCUGCACAGCGUCAGGUCGGAGGCUGGCAACCCAUGCGGCGCUGUGCGCCGGGGAUGGCCGCUGUCAGCUCACGUCUUCUGAUGCCCAAAAUAUCAAAAAGCAGGCACGCGAAAUUGCCCACAUCUUUCACGGCAUGCACAUCGAAGUGGCCCGACUGCACUUUCACAAUUACUUGGAGCAACUUUUGCGAAUGCUCUAUGGUGACACGGCGGUGGGCUGGGUCUUGUAUGCGUGCGAAGCGCGCAUGAUGCAGUUUUGGCGCACUGCUCUUCACGACGAACUGUAA